GUGACAGCAAUAAAUGAAAGUGACGUGAGAAACAUCGGUCAGACCGUCACGGUUCCGAGUGUCCGGAUCACUGCAGGGCUGGCAGCAUGGCAGACAGUAACGACUUUGAACAUUUUGACUCACAUCAACAAACUGCACAAAGAAAAUAUCAGGACAGGAAAAGAAACUCAGGAUCAGCAGUGGCAUUUUGCACAAUGUGUUGUCAGCCACCUGCGAACGACGAUGACGAGGAUGAGGAAGUUAACUAUAUACACAUGGAAGAAUCGACUGAAUCUGAGGAACAGAUUCGCAAAGGGAAGCUUAAACCCAGGAAGACUAAAGGUCGCAAUGUCUGUGGCAGCAAAUCCAUUGUUGUUCUCUACACUCUGUUGAUGGCUAGCUCGAUGGUGUGGAUGAUCUUACUCUCCGAGGCAUUUGCAAAACAUUCGGAAAUCUCUGCUGAAAUCGAGAACCUCAGAAACUCAAGGACAAUUUGGAAAGGAAAUGAUUCUGCAAUAUCUGCCGAACUACAGGAGCUGUGGAACACACUGAUCAGCCUGAAAGCAAACGGCACCGAAGAAAUACGAAACCUGAGAAUGGAGCAAACUCUCCUGAAGGAAAAAGAUUCUAAGAUCAUGGCAAAUGUUACAAACUUGGAAAAUUAUGUUUCUAAAGUGUGUGUCAUCAAGACCUGCCCUUCUGAAUGGACCUUGUUUAGUGGUAAAUGUUACUACUUUUCCAAGGAGAGCAGAGACUGGAAGAAAGCAAGAGAAUUCUGUCAAUCCCAAGACUCGGACCUUGCAGUGAUCAACAGUGAUGAAGAGCUGAACUAUUUAAAGGGCAACGUUAGAGUGGAUCACUUGGUUGGAAUGAGUGAUUUGGAGACAGAAGGGGUCUGGAAGUGGUUGGAUGGGAGUUUAGUGGAUGGGAGAAUGUGGAAUCCUGGGGAACCAAACAAUCUAGGAAAAGAAGACUGUGGUGAGAUUAGCGACGGCAAGCUGAAUGACAUACCUUGCAACAUAAAACAACAAUGGAUCUGUGAAAAAACACUUUCAUAAAAACAUAUUCAAAACACUUGAGCAUAAAAUAGCUUAACUACAAAUCGGACGAAGCUCUAACCAACAUCUUGUAAUCUUAUAUAUUUUUUUAAACUGCUUUUAUAAAAACCGGAAUUAAGAAAUGGAGCAUCAGGUAUUACAGCUAUGAUCUAAAAUUGGAAAAUGGUUCAGUACCAUCAGCCAGUCAGCUUGCAGCUCUAGCAGGGUUCUAAUAGAUAGCAGAUGCCCACUGGAAUGUUGCAGCACCAACUGUGAAUCAAACUUGAAAUCAAUCUGCGUAAUAUAUAUAUAUACAUUUAAAACUGUAGAUUUGUCAACGAGACAGUAGUAGAUUGCUAAAAGCAUUCUACUGAAAGUCAAUUACAUUUUGAUAUGAAAGUAAAAAGAAGUGGUUGACAGUCGAUGACAUUUUGAAGGAAUAUCAACUAAAUCAGAAAAUUGGCUACCUAAGCUCAAACAUUGGGUUAUUUCAGUGCUUCCCAAUUCAUCUUUGUUUUCACCUAUAAUAAAAGUGAACACUUUCCAGGAUAGGGAUUCAGGGGUCUGGAGUCCUGGGUAGGUGGCCUAAAGCAAGGAUAGGAAAUUGAUGGAAUAUACUGGUGCUGGGGUUUGUUUGUGCUGUGGAUUAUAGGAAUACUCCCUCUUUGGGGCUAGGCUGAGACCACUGCUGACCAAGCUCAAUUCCCUUGUGAGCUGGAUUAGGGGGUACACUUUAGAUUUCCAGCACCUCUCUGUAUGAAUGUGUGUCACGAUGUCUACUGUGGAGCAAAUCCUAGGCAUGGAGAUACUUGAUACAGUGUUUCACAUACUUGAUUCAGUGUUUCACAUACUUGAUACAGUGUUUCAUAUACUUGAUUCAGUGUUUUAUAUACUUGAUACAGUGUUUCACAUACUUGCCACCUACACUGUUUGGCCAUUUUAUUAGGACCUUACCACUUGACAUCGCCCUGACAAUGGCUACAGACUUGACAGAAACUUCGGACAUCUUCUACGGCCAGCACGAUCCAGUUGAGCAUGAAUGACACAUUCUCCAUCAUGAUCCUCUGCCCAGCUCUACCAAUUGUGUGAAAUAUUAAUGACGGAAUGGAUUAACAUCCCACUAGACACCUUCCAGCACCUUGUGGAGUCUAUGCCAUGUCGUUUCAAGUGGGUAUAGGUCCUAAUACAGUGGCCAGGCAGUGUACAUGCUUACUGUUAUGUGUUUCUGCAUUUAGAAGAAGUUUCAUUUUGUAAAGUAUUGAACCAAACCUUACAAUUCAGCUUCAAUUUCAGGUUCACGCAAAGUGUUUCCAAACACUGUUGUAUAAUCACACAGGUGUAAAUGUAAUGGAAGAACACAGUCUUUAAUUUUUCUCCAAUCCACAAAAAAAGACACAAAUACAUUUCAAUCUUUCAUUUUUAGUUUUUACUAUAAACUGUUUUAGAAACUAUAGUUACACUUUACGGGAAACUAUAGUUUAUAAAAUUAACUGGGUUUCGGAUUGAGUUAGUAUUUGGGUUUUAGAGCUAGUUAGGUUAGUUAGACAAUUUUGGGUUUAAUGUUGAUUGUUGGAGCAGGAAAGGCAGAUGGUAAGGAGAAAGCUUUGAAGUGCACCGCUCUGCAAUUUGAAGGGGUCCCUGUGUUUUCUCAGAGAUAACAUUUUGGGGCAAAAACCUUCUUUUACUUAAUUUUAUGACGUUAUGACUUUGUGAGUAAAACAUCAAAGAAGCAAUGGUGUUGCAUUCACUGCAGGCAAUAAGAGGAAGCUGGACCCACCUGGUCAGUGACCUGAUUGGUUGAUAAACAUAUGCAUCGGUAUGUAAUUGUCUUUUCUGAUAGGUUAAGAAAUACAGGGUAAUGUCAUAAGGGAAGCCUUUAUUAAUUCAAACAUUGUAUUAUCUUGUUGAUUCUAUUAUAACUUGUGCGUAAGGAAAAUAGAGUAUCCAGCUGCUCUACUGUGUCUAAUAAAAUAUAUUUGUUGAAAUCUA